AUGGAGAAGAAAAGUAGUGACAUCUGGAAUCACUUUUCAGUGAUAAAUAAUGAGAAGGCAAAGUGUUCAUACUGUUCAAAUCCAAUUUCGUAUAAAGGGAGUUCAACUACAAAUUUAACCAAACAUUUAAAAAGGAAACACUAUGUACAAUACGAAGCUAGAAAAAUUCCACGUUUAGAAAUGGUAGAGCAAAAUUUAGAUGAACAUGAACCUAACGAGAAAAGACCACAAACCUCACAACCUCAAACUUUAAGUUGUCAACCUUCCACAACGAUCAACAUAAAUACAAAAAAAACACGCCCAUUACAAACUCGAUUAGAUUCAUAUAUUAUGAAACCAAUUUCUCUAAAUAAACAAAAAAUACUCGACGAACAGUUAGCAAUUAUGAUUGCAAAAGAGUUUCAACCAUUUAGUUUGGUGGAAAAUGAAGAAUUUAAAAAAUUCGUUCAUCUAUUAAAUCCUGGGUACAAAUUACCAUCUAGAAAAACAGUAUCAAAAUCAUUAUUACCACAGCUACUCAAUGAAACUAAAGAAAGAGUGAAAAAUAAUUUAAAUAAUGCUCAAUUUAUAGCGUUUACUACUGAUGGUUGGACCUCAAUAAAUAAUGAUAGCUUUGUUGCCGUGACCGUUCAUUUUAUUGAUACAACAGAAUGUGUUUUAAAGUCUUUUUUACUUGGGUGUUUUAAUUUUGAAAAAUCACAUUCUAGUAAUAAUUUUUCGGUGUUUUUAAAAGAUUGUUUUAAUGAAUGGAAUAUUAGUGAAAAAAUUAAGGUUGCUGUCACUGACAAUGCGGUAAAUAUAACAGCAGCAAUCAAAAUGAAUAAAAACUGGCGUCAUAUACCAUGUUUAGCUCACACAAUAAAUUUAAUUGCUCAAACUGGACUAGAAGAAAUAAACCACGUAUAA